AUGGAGGGCACCGGGGUGCUGCCGUUUGUGCGGGGUGUGGACCUCAGCGGCAACGACUUCAAGGGUGGCUACUUCCCUGAAAAUGUCAAGGCCAUGACCAGCCUGAGAUGGUUAAAGCUGAACAACACAGGCCUUUGCUACCUGCCGGAGGAAUUGGCUGCUCUACAGAAACUGGAGCACCUGUCUGUGAGCCAUAACCACCUCACCACACUUCAUGGGGAGCUGUCUAGCCUGCCAUCUCUGCGGGCCAUUGUGGCUCGGGCCAACAGCCUGAAGAAUUCUGGAGUACCUGAUGACAUCUUCAAGCUGGAUGACCUCUCAGUCCUGGACUUGAGCUACAACCAAUUGACUGAGUGCCCGAGGGAGCUGGAAAAUGCAAAAAACAUGCUGGUGCUGAACCUCAGCCACAACAGCAUUGACACUAUCCCCAACCAGCUCUUCAUCAACCUCACAGACCUGCUAUACCUGGACCUCAGCGAGAACUGCCUGGAGAGUUUGCCACCACAAAUGCGGCGCCUGGUGCAGUUGCAGACUCUUGUGCUCAAUGGGAACCCACUGCUGCAUGCACAGUUGCGGCAGCUGCCUGCGAUGCUGGCCCUGCAGACACUGCACCUGAAAAACACACAGCGCACCCAGAGCAACCUCCCCACUAGCCUGGAGGGCCUGAGCAACCUCACAGAUGUGGACCUGUCCUGCAAUGACUUGGCUCGUGUGCCUGAGUGCCUGUACACCCUCUCCAGCCUGCGCCGCCUCAACCUCAGCAGCAACCUGAUCCCGGAGCUCUCCCUGUGCAUUGACCAGUGGGUGCACAUGGAAACCUUAAACCUGUCCCGCAAUCAACUCACGUCACUGCCUUCAGCCAUUUGCAAGCUUACCAAGCUGAAGAAACUGUACCUGAACUCUAAUAAGCUGGACUUUGAUGGACUGCCCUCGGGCAUCGGAAAGCUGGCUAACCUAGAAGAGUUCAUGGCUGCAAAUAACAACCUGGAAUUAAUUCCCGAGAGCCUCUGCAGAUGCACAAAGUUGAGGAGACUCGUCUUGAACAAGAACCGCUUGGUGACCCUCCCAGAGGCCAUCCAUUUCCUGACAGAGAUUGAGGUUCUGGAUGUGCGGGAGAACCCCAGCCUGGUCAUGCCACCCAAACCUGCUGACCAUGCCACUGAGUGGUACAACAUAGACUUCUCACUUCAGAAUCAGCUGCGACUGGCAGGUGCCUCCCCUGCCACAGUGGCUGCUGCAGCAGCUGGGAGUGCACCCAAAGACCCUCUGGCUCGAAAGAUGCGGCUGCGGAGACUCAAGGACUCUGCCCAAGAUGACCAGGCCAAGCAGGUGUUGAAGGGCAUGUCAGAUGUGGCUCAGGAGAAAAAUAAAAAGCAGGAGGAGAGUUCAGAUGCCCCAGGCCCAGGUGGGAAUGUGCGACGCUGGGACCAGGGCCUAGAGAAGCCGCGUCUUGACUACUCAGAGUUCUUCACGGAGGAUGUGGGUCAGUUACCAGGCCUGACCAUCUGGCAGAUUGAAAACUUUGUUCCUGUGCUGGUGGAGGAGGCCUUCCAUGGCAAGUUCUAUGAGGCUGACUGCUACAUUGUGCUCAAGACCUUCCUGGAUGACAGUGGCUCUCUGAACUGGGAAAUCUACUACUGGAUUGGUGGGGAGGCAACCCUUGACAAGAAGGCUUGCUCUGCCAUCCAUGCUGUCAACCUGCGCAACUACCUGGGUGCUGAAUGCCGAACCCUUCGGGAAGAAAUGGGCGAUGAGAGUGAAGAAUUCCUGCAGGUUUUUGACAAUGACAUCUCUUACAUUGAAGGCGGGACAGUGAGUGGCUUCUACACUGUGGAGGACAUGCACUAUGUUACCAGGAUGUACCGUGUCUAUGGGAAAAAGAACAUUAAAUUGGAACCUGUGCCACUCAAGGGGGCCUCCCUGGAUCCAAGGUUUGUUUUCCUGCUCGACCAAGGGCUGGACAUCUAUGUGUGGCGGGGAGCACAGGCCACGUUAGGCAGCACCACCAAGGCCAGACUCUUUGCAGAGAAAAUUAACAAAAAUGAACGGAAAGGAAAGGCAGAGAUCAUGCUAUUCAUCCAGGGCCAGGAGCCCCCAGAGUUCUGGGAGGUGCUAGGUGGAGAGCCCUCUGAGAUCAAGAAGCACGUACCUGACAAUUUCCGGCCACCCUCACCCAAACUGUACAAGGUGGGCUUGGGCCUGGGCUACCUGGAGCUGCCACAGAUCAACUAUAAACUCUCCAUCGAGCACAAAACUCGGCCAAAGGUGGAGCUCAUGCCAGGGAUGCGGUUGUUACAGAGCCUGCUAGACACACAUUCUGUGUACAUCCUGGACUGUUGGUCUGAUGUAUUCAUCUGGCUGGGCCGCAAGUCCCCACGCCUGGUGCGCGCAGCUGCCCUCAAGCUGGGCCAGGAGCUAUGCGGAAUGCUGCAUCGGCCACGCCACGCAGCUGUCAGCCGCAGUCUGGAGGGCACUGAGGCACAGGUGUUCAAGGCCAAGUUCAAGAACUGGGAUGAUGUACUAACAGUAGACUAUACACGCAAUGCAGAGGCCGUGCUACAAAACCAGGGUCUGACGGGGAAGGUGAAGCGUGACACUGAGAAGAAAGAUCAAUUGAAGGCUGACCUCACUGCUCUCUUUCUGCCACGUCAGCCACCUAUGGUCCUGGCUGAGGCUGAGCAGCUGAUGGAGGAAUGGAAUGAGGACCUGGAUGGCAUGGAGGGUUUUGUGCUUGAGGGCAAGAAGUUCUCCCGGUUGCCAGAGGAGGAAUUUGGCCACUUCUAUACACAAGACUGCUACGUCUUCCUCUGCAGGUACUGGGUGCCUGUGGAGUAUGAAGAGGAAAAGAAGGAAGAAGUGGAGGAAGAGAAAGCAGCAAGAGCAGAAGACAAAGCAACUGAGGCGGCUAUGGUGGAGGAGAAGCAACCAGAGGAAGACUUUCAGUGCAUCGUUUACUUCUGGCAGGGCCGUGAGGCCUCCAACAUGGGCUGGCUCACCUUCACCUUCAGCUUGCAGAAGAAGUUUGAGAGUCUCUUCCCGGGCAAGCUGGAGGUGGUGCGCAUGACACAACAGCAGGAGAACCCAAAAUUCCUGUCCCAUUUCAAGAGAAAGUUCAUCAUACACCGGGGCAAGAGGAAGGCGGUCCAGAGCACCUUGCAGCCCAGCCUCUACCAGAUCCGCACCAAUGGCAGCGCCCUCUGUACCCGGUGCAUCCAGAUUAGCACAGACUCCAGCCUCCUCAACUCUGAAUUCUGCUUCAUUCUUAAGGUUCCCUUUGAGAGUGAGGACAACCAAGGCAUUGUGUAUGCAUGGGUUGGUAGAGCUUCAGACCCUGAUGAAGCCAAACUGGCAGAGGAUAUCCUCAAUACCAUGUUUGAUACCUCUUAUAGCAAGCAGGUUAUAAAUGAAGGUGAAGAGCCUGAGAACUUCUUCUGGGUGGGCCUCGGGGCACAGAAGCCUUAUGACGAUGAUGCUGAGUUCAUGAAGCACACUCGGCUCUUCCGGUGCUCCAAUGAGAAGGGCUUCUUUGCAGUGACUGAGAAAUGCUCUGACUUUUGCCAAGAUGACUUAGCUGAUGAUGACAUUAUGCUUCUAGACAACGGCCGAGAGGUCUACAUGUGGGUGGGGACACAGACAAGCCAAGUGGAGAUCAAGCUAAGUCUGAAGGCCUGCCAGGUGUACAUACAGCACCUGCGAUCCAAAAUACAGGAACAACCCCGCUGUCUGCGCCUGGUUCGCAAGGGCAAUGAGCAGCAUGCCUUCACCCGCUGCUUCCACGCUUGGAGCACAUUCAGGAAGGCCCUGGCCUAG